AAACGUACAAUAGUCUAAAAGAGGAAACGAGAGAGAAAGAGAGAGGCGAGCAAUUGACAAGCAUUCACAUGACUUGUGUCGCCUAACGUGGAUAUUUCUGUGAUAGCGCACCAGUCCAAAUACACAGCAUGAGUCAAUGGAAACAAAUUCAACAGCUCCAGAUCAAAUACCAGGAGCAGGUGGGCUACCUUUAUGAUGACAACUUCCCUAUGGACAUACGGCAGGUGCUCUCCAACUAUAUUGAGAGCCAGGACUGGGAUACUGCCGCAAACCAUGAGUCCAUGGCGACAGUUCUCCUCAGCAAUCUCCUGUCUCAGCUGGACAGGCAGUGUUCUCAGGAACAGAACUUCCUACAAAGACACAACUUGAAGUUUAUCUACCAGCAGUUACAGACUAAAUGCAAAGCCAACCCUCUGCUGAUGGCCGGGGUCAUUUCCAGUUGCCUCAGAGAGGAGCGUCGUAUCAUCUCCACAGCCAGCAUUCAGGAACAGGGCCCAUUGGAGAAGUCAAUGCAGAAUUCGGUGGCCUUCGAGAGACAGAAGAACAUGGACAACAGGGUGGCGGUGAUCAGGAGUAGUGUGCAGAUGAUGGACCAGGCAGUGAAAUACCUAGAAGACAUGCAAGACGACUUUGACUUCCGCUAUAAAACUCUCCAGUCUCGAGAUCCAGUGGACAGGAACACAGCGGUGAUGAAACAGGAAGUGACCCGACUGCAGGAGAUGCUCAACAACCUGGACUUUAAGAGGAAGGAGAACCUAUCUAAAAUGAGUGACGUGAUAAAAGAGAUUGAUGCUCUGAUAGUGUCCCAGCUGAACCCAGAGCUGAUGGAGUGGAAACGCAGGCAGCAGAUCAACUGUAUAGGUGGCCCACUGCUCACUGGACUGGACCAGCUCCAGAACUGGUUUACUCUGACAGCACAAAGUCUGUUCCAGAUGAAGCGUCAGCUGGACAAACUGGGGGAGCUUAUAUUAAAGGUGACGUAUGAGAGCGACCCCAUCCCACUGCAGAGACCGCAGAUGGAGGAGCAGGUCAAAUACCUCAUCUACCACCUCAUCAAAAGCUCCUUUGUGGUGGAGAAGCAGCCAUGUAUGCCAACCCACCCCCAGAAACCUCUCAUCAUCAAGACCGGGGUGCAGUUCACCACCAAAGUCAGAUUGCUGGUCAAACUUCCAGAGGUGGAUUACCAACUGAAAGUGAAGACAAUAUUUGACAAGGACCUCCCCCCUGGCAGAGUAAAUCGUCAGUUCUUCAUCCUGACUACCACCACCAAAAUAAUGGACGUGGAGGAAUCAUCCAAUGGCUGUCUGUCUGUAGAGUUUAGACACUUGCAGCUGAAAGAGAAGAAAUACGUUAAUGGAACCAAGGUGAACGAGGGUCCUGUCUCUGUGACGGAGGAGCUCCACUCCCUCAGCUUUGAGGCCCAGUUCAACAUACAGGGCAUUAACAUCGACCUGGAGACCUGCUCCUUUCCUCUGGUGGUCAUCUCCAAUGUUAGCCAGCUGCCUGGAGGCUGGGCAUCUGUCAUGUGGUACAACCUGCUGACUGACGAACCCAGGAACCUGGGCUUCUUUGCCAGUCCUCAGCGGGCCAGUUGGGGCCAGCUCUCUGAGGUACUGAGUUGGCAGUUCUCCACCUUCGCUGGGCGGGGCCUCAACAGGGAACAGCUGUGCAUGCUAGGAGAGAAACUCUUGGGUCAGCAAGCCUCCCAAAACGAAUGUCAGGUAUCCUGGUCCAAAUUCUGCAAGGAGAAUAUUCAUGGAAAGAAUUUCAGUUUCUGGAUGUGGCUGGAUUCCAUCCUGGAGCUCAUCAAGAAGCACCUACUUCCCAUCUGGAACGACAACUGCAUCAUGGGUUUUGUCAGUAAGGAGACUGAGAGGGCCCGUCUGAAGGACAAGGAGCCUGGGACUUUCCUGCUGCGCUUCAGCGAGAGCCACCUGGGCGGGAUCACCUUCACCUGGGUGGAGCAGUCCGAUAGUGGAGACGCCAAGUUCAUCUCGGUGGAGCCGUACACCAAAUCACGCCUCAGCGCUCUCCCGUUUGCCGACAUUAUCCGGGACUACAAGGUCAUCACAGACGGAGAGGUCCCUGAGAACCCACUAAAGUUCCUCUACCCAGACAUCCCCAAAGACGAGGCCUUCGGACGACUUUACAACAGCCAGCAGAACAAAGUCUUUCCAUACAUACCAUCUAUGCUGAUCCCCAUCUCAACUUUGCAAACCACACCUCCCCCCUGCUCCUCCCCAGAACCCCCCAUGUCCCCUGGGAUGUUUGACAUGCUCACCCAGCACCUCAGCCCCUUGGAGAUUGAGACUGCCAUGAGUUCUCCGUACUCCGAGUAACACAAGGUGACCUGCAGAGUAUGCCAAGUAACUCACUCUUCUCCGACUAGUGGCCUACAAUCUCUACGGAAUCCCUGUACAAGUGUAAUUUUCUCUUACAUCUGAUCACAAUACAUUGCUCUUCUAUCCAACUGUUAGUAUUGUCUUUGAGCCCUUUGUCAUGACUACAAAGGUAUAAUAUUAUGUUUUGAGCAUAAAGUAGAUAUUACAUGCAGUGGGACAUCCAGCUUGUUAUAUCACUUCUCAUAAAUUGACAUCUUUAUUACUUCUGCACAAGUAAUGUUAGUAUGUUAUUAUAUAUAUAAAUAGUGUCUUAUGCUCCGCUAUCAAGAACCAAGUUUUGUACAAAUAAUAAAUGUUUAUUAUCGCUUUAA